UGGGAUUUGUUUAAAACCCGGAGAGCCUCUCUACAGUGCUGCCUCUGUCAGGACGGGAUUUCACUAUUCUGACACAAAUUCCCAAAAUGUCUGAUGCAGCUGUCAAUGCACAGUUGGAAGGAAUCAUAUCAGACUUCGAAGCUCUAAAGAGGUCGUUUGAGGUGGAGGAAGCGGACACAUCUGCACAUCCCUCCUCCCACGGUCGCCGAACACCCAACCUACGGAUGGCCUUCUCCGCCUCAAGCCAUCACUUCCAGGAGCCAGGAGCCCGAAAUUCUGAGCCCAUCCCGAGACCUACAGCAGAGCAUUCACCCAAGGCUGGCCUGCGUCGCAUGGAGCUGGCAGGGGGACGGAUCCCCGAGUCUGUUUCUCGCCGGACAGAGAUUUCCAUCGACAUUUUGUCCAAACAGGUAGACAGCUCCCCCAGUCCUGGCAUCUCCCGCUUUGGGCUGAAGAGGCCAGAGGUGCUGAGCCACAGCCGAAUUCUCGACUCAUCCUUCAGACGGAGCCCCUUCAAAAGAAGGUAG